CAUGUUGUGGUUGUUUGCUGCAGUGCAUAAAGUGGCUGUGGUUCUUGGAGUGUUAGUAAUUGUUGGAGUAGGUGUUGUUGAAGUAGGAGUUGUUGGUGUAGGAGUUGUUGGGGUUGGAGUUGUUGGAGUAGGAGUUGUUGGUGUAGGUGUUGUUGGGGUUGGAGUUGUCGGGGUUGGAGUUGUUGGAGUGGGAGUUGUUGGAGUAGGUGUUGUUGGGGUUGGAGUUGUUGGGGUUGGAGUUGUUGGAGUAGGAGUUGUUGGUGUAGGUGUUGUUGGGGUUGGAGUUGUCGGGGUUGGAGUUGUUGGAGUGGGAGUUGUUGGAGUAGGUGUUGUUGGGGUUGGAGUUGUUGGGGUUGGAGUUGUUGGAGUGGGAGUUGUUGGAGUAGGAGUUGUUGGUGUAGGUGUUGUUGGGGUUGGAGUUGUUGGGGCUGGAGUUGUUGGAGUGGGAGUUGUUGGAGUAGGAGUUGUUGGUGUAGGUGUUGUUGGGGUUGGAGUUGUCGGGGUUGGAGUUGUUGGAGUGGGAGUUGUUGGAGUGGGAGUUGUUGGUGUAGGUGUUGUUGGGGUUGGAGUUGUCGGGGUUGGAGUUGUUGGAGUGGGAGUUGUUGGAGUAGGAGUUGUCGGGGUUGGAGUUGUUGGAGUGGGGGUUGUUGGAGUUGGAGUUGUUGGUGUAGGAGUUGUUGGGGUUGGAGUUGUUGGAGUAGGUGUUGUUGGAGUGGGAGUUGUUGGUGUAGGAGUUACUGCUCUGAUUUUUCUUAAAUCUCUUUUUACAACUAAAGUUGAUAUAGAAUUAGGUAAAUAA